AUGCCCUAUUCGCGGGCCUGGGACGACGAUGGGAGCAGUGAUCCUCCGUCGACCCGCUCCUCAAAUGAUCCCCCGGAGCACGCUGUCCACACUCGCUCCAGGUCUACCGCCCAUCCCAAUGCCCAUAGUCCCAAACGCCGGUCGGUCUUUAGUGGUCGCUCCAGAAGCAACACCACGACCUCGACCUCGUCCCAUCGAUCGCCGGGUUCGUCCAUGACUUCCUCCAUGGACGGCUCCCUGUCGUCGCAGGAUGAACGCACCACCUCGGCAUUGGGGAUGCGGACGGAGAGGCCUGAUCGGAGUUCUCGAUCGUUCCUCGCUCGAGGAAGUCGGAUACUCCGUCGCCAAGGCAGCAAGAUCAACAUCGUCGCCACGCUGGACGAGGAAGACGAGAAUGAUCGUGAGAAGCCCCGUGAGAAAGGUGAUAUGUUUGGUCGACGAUCUCGCCAGGUUGAACAACAAGAUCGACUAAAGAGCCUCAUCUCGGAUCCAUUUGACUUUCAUCACCUUACCCAUACGAGCCCAGCACAGUUCCAGUCUUUGGAUCAAACCCGAGAGAACGAUCUAUGCACCGAGUUCUCCGUGAUUCGGGCAUCUCAACGGCCCGAGACCGGUCUCAAGGGCAUCCGAGCUACCGACAUCCACUUCCGUAACUUUUCGACUGAUGACCUCGCCGCAUAUGGUACAGCUACCACCGUUGAUGAACCCCGGCAAAGUCCCCCCGGAUCGCCGCCACCAGGCCCCGUUAGCCCGGGCCAUGUUCGACGGGAGUCUCGUGCUUAUGAGAACUUCUCGCGGCCGGUCCCCAGAUUUCCUCGAUCGUGUCCCACCACUCCACCUCCUCCUGCUACCCCGGAGAUUCCUGCUGAAGUUGCAGAGCCGGCUCCACGUGCAAUUGAUGAGAUCCUGGGUUUGUCCACGGCCACGACCUAUCCCGAAAACAUUCACACCGCACCCUCCAUCAAAUACCGUCGGGACUCGGCUGACGAUCUUUCCGCUCGUACAUCCUCCAUGAGUAGCCAUUAUGACCUCGAAGAUGUGCCGGAGGAGGAAGAGGCCACCCGCAUGUGGGAAAGCCCGGAGGCUAGCAUUGGCUAUGCCCAUUCUCGUUCGACCUCGCAAUUGAGUCAGCCACCGGCUGAAUCGUAUCACCCAUCUACUAUCAAGGCACCCAAGGCGCCGCUUUCCAUCUUCGUGGCGGAGGAGCUUUCAAGAAAGUUCUCCGAGGCCCUGGGCUCGCCGACUCUGCCACAGAACCUCCCCGACAGUCUACCCGCAACUCCCCCCAAGGAUCAGGUGGAGACCACCCCGCCAUCAACGUCGGGUGUGAAUCAGUUCUCGCAUGAGGACGAAUUGUAUGACUCGUGGGAUGCAGAUAUCGACUACUGCUAUGAGCACGCAGCCGAAUCCACCUGCAACUUCGAUUGGACGCGCACUUCUCUGGAAGAGACUCAGCGCCCCCAGGUUACUGUGCCGUCCCCUAACGAGAACUGGUCUGGGGCUCCGAAAGUUCGGCAUCUCCAGCCCAGCCCCUUGAGCACCUCCGCUCUUCCCACCCCGGAUCUGGAUUCCAGCCCAGCCCGAUCGACACCGUUGCACUUGGCUGGCACUCCCUCGACAGCUGAGUACGAGCGUGAUUUCAUUGUUCGGAGCUCAGGCGAGUACUUCCAACCUGUCAGCACCUUCUCCUCUGGCCUGGGCAAGCAGAUUCCCCAAGAGACUUUGUACGAGGAAUACCUCAGCAACGAUGCAGAGUCGGAUCGCCAUUUCCCUUUCCCCCAGGGAAUGAUCUCGGAGAACCCCGUCUCCCCACGGAGCAGCUUCUCUCCCAUUAGCAAAUGCAACUCCCAAGAGAGCUUGAUGCUCUCUCGCGCGGCUUCCAUUGUCCGCAAACACCGUUCAUCUGUCUCCACGACUAGCGUGCCAGAGCUGAUCCACAGCCUGUCUAGCAGUCGCGAGCUGAUGCCCACUGACCGUCUGAGCGCCAGCGAGGCCCUGGCUGCCGGGUCUAGCAUCAGCCGCCCUUCUUCUUCUACUAUCCAUCGCCAGACCAAGAGUCUGGCCGAAGCUCACCUGCUGCUCCAGGCGGGCAGCAGCCCUUGCAUUGGCGCAGAAUUCCCUGUGCCCACUACCAUUCACGACCGUGCCAAGUCCACCUCCGAGAUGGAUACCCGGCCGGGCAAGGCUUGCGAGCCUCCUCUCCCCGCGCUUCCUGCUAAACACCCGAAUCGAAAGAAGAGCCGCAAGCCUUCUUACUCUCUUUUCCCAACUGCCGCUCAAUAA